AUUUCUCUCCUUUGGCCGCCGCCGCCACUGCUGCACAGCUGGUGUCAGUGCCGCGCUUUUCCCCCCAUGUCGUCCCCGCAGCCUAUGGCCCAGGCCGCCUUGGGUAUUUCUGCUCAAGGUAACCACAUCCCUCUUUAAAAAUUCUGCCUAAAAAGAGAAGACGCUUUACCCGACUCUUUGGGCCGUUAUCUCACGGCGAACUUUCUGACCAAGUAUUCAACUACCCAGAGGGCUUAGGAGAGGUGCUGUAUAGAGAGCAGUUCGACUUCAACACUGAGCCACCUUGGGAACCUAGCUGAUGAUAGGAGGGUUCCAUCUCCUAACUUGUCCAUUUUGUUGCAUAUUCUAAGGACCCAGACGUAAGGCUUGGUGGCCCAUCUCUUGUUUUUCCUGGUUUAUGACUUUCGGCUUUGUGGAAUACGGCUGAGAUGAAAGGAUUUAUUGAUGAUGCAAACUACUCCGUUGGCCUGUUGGAUGAAGGAACAAACCUUGGAAAUGUUAUUGAUAACUAUGUUUAUGAACAUACCCUGACAGGGAAAAAUGCAUUUUUUGUGGGAGAUCUUGGAAAGAUUGUGAAGAAACACCAUCAGUGGCAGAACAUAGUGGCUCAGAUAAAGCCAUUCUACACGGUAAAGUGCAACUCCACUCCAGCUGUACUUGAGAUUUUGGCAGCUCUUGGAACUGGAUUUGCUUGUUCCAGUAAAACUGAAAUGGCUUUAGUGCAAGAAUUGGGUGUAUCUCCAGAAAACAUCAUUUACAUAAGUCCUUGUAAGCAAGUGUCUCAAAUAAAGUAUGCAGCAAAAGUUGGAGUGAAUAUCAUGACAUGCGACAAUGAAGUCGAAUUGAAGAAAAUUGCAUGUAAUCACCCAAAUGCCAAGGUCUUACUACAUAUUGCAACAGAAGAUAAUAUUGGAGGUGAAGAGGGUAACAUGAAGUUUGGUACUACCCUGAAGAAAUGUAAGCAUCUUUUGGAAUGUGCUAAGGGACUUGAAGUCCAAAUUAUUGGGGUUAAAUUUCAUGUUUCAAGAGCUUGCAAAGAAUCUCAAGUAUAUGUACAUGCUUUAUCUGAUGCUCGAUGUGUAUUUGACAUGGCUGGAGAAUUUGGCUUCACAAUGAACAUGUUAGACAUUGGUGGAGGCUUCACAGGAACCGUAUUUCAAUUGGAAGAGGUUAAUCAUGUUAUCAGCCCUUCGUUGGAUGUCUACUUUCCUGAAGGAUCCGGCAUUAAGAUAAUUUCUGAACCUGGAAGCUACUAUGUGUCUUCUGCAUUUACACUUGCAGUUAAUAUCAUUGCAAAGAAAGCUGUUGAAAAUAAGUUUUCCUCUGGAGUAGGAAAAACCAGAAGUGAUGAACCAACCUUCAUGUAUUAUAUGAACGAUGGUGUUUAUGGUUCUUUUGCAAGCAAACUGUCUGAGGACUUAAAUACCAUUCCAGAGGUUCACAAGAAAUACAAGGAAGAUGAGCCUCGGUUUACAAGCAGGCUUUGGGGUCCAUCCUGUGAUGAGCUUGAUCAAAUUGUGGAAAACUGUCUUCUUCCUGAGCUGAAUGUGGGAGAUUGCCCAGAUUGGCUUAUCUUUGAUAACAUGGGAGCAGAUUCUUUCCAUGAACCAUCUGCUUUUAAUGAUUUUCAGAGGCCAGCUAUUUAUUAUAUGAUGUCAUACAGUGAUUGGUAUGAGAUGCAAGAUGCUGGAAUUACUUCAGACACAAUGAUGAAGAACUUCUUCUUUGUGCCUUCUUGCACUCAGUUGAGCCAAGAAGACAACUUUUCCACUGAAGCUUAAGCAGGCAUCAACGCUUUUUUAGAUAUGAAGUUGCAGGUUAAGCUUGUCUGGUCUACAUUCCAGUGUGGAAAAAAUUUGAACAACUUAUUCUGUUAAUUCUCUUGGAAACAAAAACUACUAGUAAUAGCUAUUUGGGACCAGACAAAAUUAGCUCUCAUCUAUAAUUCACUGGGGGUAAUUGGGAGAUUAAGAUAAUGUAUCCACAUUUAAACUUACCAGUUUGCCCUACGCCUUAAGCGUUGAAAAUAAAAUAUGCAACAAAAUGGAUGACUUAGUGGAGAUGGAAGCCCAUUAAUUGGGUUCCCCAUUAAACCGUUUACAUACAAGUACACAGUUUUUAUACUAAGAAUUCGUGUUUAAAAAGUCUUGUAAAGUUAAUGUCUUUCACCCAGAUAUAGCAAAUGUCAGUGGAAGACCAGUGUGAUUUCAUUAGAUACGUUUAGUGUAUUUAGAA